ACUGCUAGAUCACUAAACUCGCUUCACUCUCCAGGACUUCUCUAUCCAGCCCACUCCUGUCACACGCCUCAAUCAGUCCGGGACGACUUCCAGGAUGACGUCCCUGGCACCUGCCUCGUCGACGUCCUUUGCCCCAGGAGGCGGUGCCUCCUCCGCUUCCUCUUCGUCCACCACACCGCAACUCCAGCGUCAGACAUCGGAGCAUCGCCAAGCGCCCAUCAGAAGGACCACCCUCACCAGCUCACGAGAAGGAGCUUCUUUCCCUUCUACGGGGGUUCAGCAGGCGCAGGCACAAACAGCGCGGCAGAGGAGUGAUGAGUAUGAUGAGGAAGAUGAAGGAGAGGAUGAGGAUGAUGAGGAAUAUUAUGAAGGAGUGGGACAGAGUGGACUACAGAGAGCUGGUGGUGUGAUGGGAGGAGAGGGGAAUUCGAUGCUCACUGAAGUGACGGUCAAGUCUGGGUAUCUAUGGAAGAAGGGCGAGAAGAGGAAGAACUGGAAAAAGAGAUGGUUCGUCCUGCGAUCCUCCAAGCUCUGCUACUACAAGAACGAAAAGGAGUAUCAACUACUUCGUUUCAUCGACAUGUCGGAAGUGCAUACAGUCGCUGCAAUCGAGGUCAAAAAGCAAGACAACACCUUUGGUAUUGUGACGCCCAAGAGGGCUUACUAUGUCAAGGCGUCUACGCCUGCCGAAUCCCACGAUUGGAUCCAAGCGCUGAACCAUGUCAAGGCUCAGAUCUCUCACCGGAACUCACUGUCGCAAGAAAUGGAGGAUUUGAGGAUGAGCGCUCCUCAGCCUGUGCAACCGACGACCGACAGCAUGGCAUCAUCAUCCACCGUUAGGCCCAACCGGGAACGCAGUCGCUCCUCCUCACAGGCAGCAGCCGAGAGAGCAGCAAGCGCCGCCGCCGCUGCCACUAGUCCCACUGGCCCACCUAUCAGCAUCAACAUCCCAGGCAAAGGGUUAUACGUCGCACCUGCCCAGCCUAGAGCUAUCAGUGGCGGCGGUGCUCCUGGUAGCAGUGCAACUGGUGGCUCCUUUGCCGCUGGCUCGGAUGCUUUCAGCCCCUUGACAGCGACGACCGACAGUGACACUGGUGCGGAUCGCUACGGCAUGAGCUACGCCAGCUCAGCUGGCCUCUCGCUGGGCAGCAGCCCUGGACGAGAGACGAACAUGCACCAGCAUUGGUCCGGCUCGGAGCUGAGUGAGGGCGGGUCUGCAAACCCCAGGGGGACUAAUUCGCCUCCCAGGCGUGGUCUUCCUACACGAGGUCACAGCUCCAGAGGACGCGAUAUCUCCGUCGGCAGCAGCGGCGCGGAGGGAGCUAUCGGGGAGGGUGUCGGGAGUUAUCAAAGCAGUAGCGCAGCAGUGUUGAGUUCUUCGGAAGAAGAAGACGAGGACAAUAACGAGCAGCUGGACCAAGCCAUGCCCUUGCCGAUGCGGUCCUCGGCCCAACAAGGAGGUGGUGGGGACCCAUUGUCGGCACAAGCAACGCCUACACAGUCUCAAGCUUCGCAGCCAACGCCGAUCCAGUCUUACUCGCAGUCGCAAUCCCAGUCACAACCACAAGGUGACGCCCUCCUGCGCGAUCCGAAUCGAGUCAUCAUACAAGGCUACCUGAUGAAGCAAUCCAACCGGCGCAAGCACUGGAGGAAACGUUGGUUCGUCCUGACGGCCUCGCAGCUCAUGUACACGCGCAGCCACAUGGACGGCAAGGCCCAUCGGCAAAUUCCUCUCACCUCUAUACUGGAUGCCAUUGAGUACACGACAAAGAAGGCAACUACACCUGGAAGCCCGGGAGGCGGGUUUGGCUCGCCACUGACUGGUGGAGGAGGCGGAUUCAGCUUUAAUGCCCUGGCUGGGCAUAGCUAUGGCGGCGGCGGUGGCGGUGGCGGCGAGGGAUCCGCUGGUGGGCAACAGGACGGAGGUGAAGGCUCUUCCUCCACAAGCAAGCCAGAACGACGCCAGAGCGUAGUAGCUGCCGUUGCAUCGAAUCUCAACAGUCUCAGCACGGGUGCAGCCAGCCUCGGUGGUGGUGGCAGCAACAACAGCCAUCCUGGCGGCAGCGGCAGCGGCGCCAACGCCGGCGCAGGCGGUGGAUCCGGUGGCCUAGCCCCCGCAACUGGCGGUAUUGGCGGAGGUGGUAGUGUACCCGGCGCAGGAUCAAUGGCAUCCUCCUCUGACGCGGGGAAAAAGCGUACCGAAAACUCCUUCAAGAUCAUCACCCCCAAGCGCACAUUCCUCCUCUGUGCUCCCUCGGAGGAGGAAGAGAUCAAGUGGCUUUCGGCAUUGCAUGCCCUGCUCACACGCACGAGGGGCGCAUCGAGCGUCAGUGCGGGUACGAGUGCAAUUGGUAGCGGAGGCGGUAGCGGUGCUCUGGCAGGGAGGGUUACAGGAGGGGGAACAGGGCCCUCAGGCAUGCAAGGUCAAGGUCAAGGUCAAGGUCAAUCUCAAAUUCAGACCCAACUUCAGGGUGGACCGGCUGGAAUUGCCGCCGGACAACCACCACCACCACCACCACCACAACAACAACAAGCGGUAAACCGGCUAUCCUCUCCGCCUGCUCCCGCUCCUGCCUCUGCCUCAAGCACCACAACGGGCUUCCAUAUUCCCUCGAAUCAGCACGUCGCCUCCUCCGUCAACACUCCCAGCGGCGGCAGUGGUGGCCCUCUUGGUGAGCCUGCCAUCUCACAAAGCCAGAGCCAGAGCCAGAGUCAGAGUCAGAGUCAGAGUCAGAGUCAAGCGUACGGAUCAGGAACCUCUCAGUCUACUGCAGCUGCUCCCCUCGUCGGGCAUGCAACGGGCGUAGGGUCUCCUUCUUCUGCUGCUGCCAUGUAAGCGAGAUACAAAUGGAGGUCUUUGUGGCCCUUUGUGUACGGCAGGCACUGUUGAAAUUUCAUUUCCAUUGCUCUGCUUUGCUUUGAUUC